AGUCGUUUCUCUGGCGCUGCAAAACGGAGCAAAUGAGCGGUCUCUGAUAUGACUGAGUUGUUGUGACUGAGUUGUGUCCAUAUUCAAUAUGAAGAAUGGAAGACGACGAUGUUACCAUCAGAGAGCAGAAUUUCCACAGUCAAGUUAGAGAAUACAUCAUCUGCUUCCUCCUGUUUGCAGUGCUGUACAUCGUCUCCUACUGCAUCAUCACUCGCUACAAGAGGAAGACUGAUGACCACGAAGAUGAGGAUGCUAUCGUGAACAGAAUAUCUCUGUACCUGUGCACCUUCACCCUGGCCGUGUCAGGUGGGGCAGUGCUGCUCCUGCCCUUCUCCAUUAUCAGUAAUGAGAUCCUGCUCUCGGUCCCCAGAAGCUACUACAUACAGUGGCUCAAUGGCUCUCUCAUCCAUGGGCUGUGGAACCUGGUGUCUCUGUUCUCCAACCUCUGUCUGUUUGUGCUCAUGCCCUUCGCCUACUUCUUCCUGGAGUCGGAGGGCUUUGCUGGAUCCAAAAAGGGCAUUAAGUCGCGCGUGCUGGAGACGUUUGUGAUGCUCUUCCUGCUGGCUCUGCUCAUACUGGGAAUAGUGUGGGUGGCCUCGGCUCUCAUCGACAACGACGCAGCCAGCAUGGAGUCAUUAUACGACCUGUGGGAGUUCUAUCUGCCUUACCUCUACUCCUGCAUCUCUCUGAUGGGCGGUCUACUGCUGCUCAUGUGUACUCCUGUUGGCCUUUCACGCAUGUUCACCGUCAUGGGGCAGCUACUGGUCAAGCCUACAAUCUUGGAGGAUCUGGAUGAGCAGAUCUAUUGCAUUGUCUUACAAGAGGAAGCUCUCUCAAGACGGCUAAAUGGUACGGCUUCCUAUUCCUACACUCACGGCAGCACGCAGCACCUUCACAAAGAACUGGACAGUAUCAGAAAUCAGAGGAACAAGCUGGAGAGGCGCAAGAGGGCAUCGGGCUGGGAGAAGAACCUGCUCUACCCUUUUGUCAUGCUGAUCUUGCUGACGGGAACCACCAUCUCUGUUCUUCUGGUGGCGUUGAACAUCUUAUACCUGCUGGUGGAUGAGACUGCACUGCCCAAAGGAUCCACGGACCGAGGGAUUGGAAAUGCCUCCUUGUCUACGUUCGGGGUGGUACAGGCCGUGGUGGAGAUCAUCCUCAUGUUCUACCUGCUUGUCUCAUCAGUGGUAGGCUUCUACAGUUUACGCAUCUUCCAGGGCCUCACGCCGCGCAAGGAUGACACCACCAUGACUACGAUCAUUGGCUGUUGUGUGUCCAUCCUGGUCCUGAGCUCAGCGCUGCCCGUUAUGUCUCGAACCCUGGGAAUAACCCGCUUUGAUCUCCUGGGCGAUUUCGGGCGAUUCAAUUGGCUGGGGAACUUCUACAUCGUCCUAUCGUACAACCUGCUGUUUGCUGUGGUGACGACGCUGUGCCUGGUGCGCAAGUUCACCUCAGCCGUCCGGGAGGAGCUGCUCAAGGCUUUAGGCCUGGAUAAGCUGAACCUGUCCAACAGCCCCACCGACCCCGAGUCUGCCAAGAUACCCAGCGCUAACGGCCAUCAGAAGACGCUGUGAAGGGACCUCUGACACAUGCCCACACACAUAUGCAUAUUUACAUACACACUCUCUCUCUCUCUCUCUCUCUCUUCCCCCCCCCCAUACACACGCAAACACGCACAGACAUACACACACACUUACUUACUUUCCAGACUCUGUGACUUGUAUGCAAAUGCAAAUGCUCUCCAACACACACACGCACACACACCUGUUGACGUGCGAUGCCGGCGGCACUACCUUAUGGCCACCUCCCUCCAGCAGCAGAGACGGACGGGGAGACGUGAGGUGAGGUGAGGUGGACGUGAGGCAUGAAGACAUGGAGGAAUGAGGGAGGAAGCAGCUCAGUGUCUGUCAGUCUGAGCUCAUGCUGGACGGGAGGAUAAGGGAAUCGAACGAAUGCACGGACUAAUGAACGGACAGACAGCUCUUCACCAAAGCAAACAGGAAACAGAAAGGGAAGGGAGGGCAGAUGAGCUACUGCGACCUGUGAGAAUCUUCAUCACUCAUCAUCUUUGAUGACUUUUCCACCUCUCUCCCUCUCCUGUCCUCUUCUCUCUUCUCCACGGAGGAAGAAGGGAGGGAUAUGUCGAACGAGUGGUAGAACAGACGAAGAGGCGGCCACAGAUGGAUGGAUGGAUGGAUGGAUGGAUGGAUGGAUGGAACAAAGGAAGAAAACUUGGUUACACUUUACUUGACGCUGGUGUCAUACGUAUGUCAUAACGGUGUCAUAACAGUGUCAUGAACGAGUCAUAAACAUAAUGCCAGUGUCAUAAACGUUUUAUGGCCAUGAAAAGUUGGGCUUUGUCAUAACUAAAUUUCACUUAAAGACCAAGUCAUACAAUGUUUGACAUUGACAUAAUGUUUAUGACACAUUCAUGACUGCAUUAUGACAAUGUUAUGACACUGUUAUGUCAUACGUAUGACGCCGGCGUCAAGUGAAGUUAUACCGAAAACUCUUCUUCUUCUUCUUCUUUCUUCACUCCUCUACAUCCAAUGACUCUUCCUUCAUCCCUAUUGUUGUUUUGUUUGUUUGUUUUUGUUGUUUAUUUGAUUUCAAUGUUGUCAUUUGUUCUUUUCCACUGGUGCUCUCCUCCAGUCCAAUCCUGCAGUACCAUCCCUCUAGAUCUGAUCACCAGUUGUGAUGAGCAGACCAUCAGUAGAGCUGUGUCUGUGCUAUGACUGCCACACCGAGCUGGGUGUGUUAGUGUCAUGGCCAGAGUGCAUGUUAGGUACCCCAGAAACCCAGGGGGGGUAUUCCAAGAGCAUUUUUUUGUGAUGAACCUGGCUAAGAUAACCAACAGGAAGUGGUAAACCUGCAAAAAAAAAAAGAGAGAGCAAUCCAAGCUCUUGUGUUAAAUGAUUCAUCGUUAGCUCAAGGUUACCUGAACCUGGUUUACUACUGAGGGCUUCCGCGCACCGGCUCCGACAAAGUGCUGAGCACUGCUGGGCAAAAGUUCGAUUUCAUUGUUUUCAAUAGAACCCUGCACACUGGCGCCGAUGUCCGCGGACAUUUGCCGAUGUCGGAUAGCAAUUAGAGACAAGUUCUAUUUUGUCGGCGCCUCCCAUUGACCAUCAAUGCUAUGUUUGUGUGAAAUUUGGUUUCGGGGUCCGAAUUAUGUCGGAAGCAAAGUGCGCCGCAGUGCUGUCGGAGCCAAUGUGCGGCCGGCCUAAGUCAGCUUCUUGGAAUACACUCCAGGUUGGAGGUUUUGUGUGAUGGUGCAACAUCUCCCCUUCCCCUGCAUCAGAGAUCUGUGGUAUGGUUGAAGCACAGCUCCUGAGCUCGUGCGACAACCAGAAUCAUUUUGUGCUACCUGUGUUUUUUAUUUUUCUUGUCAACAUGUUCAUGCAAACUUCACGGUCUUUAUAUGCAAGUGUUCUUUUUUCUCUCGUUCAAUUCAUUUUUGCUUAAUUUUUUAAAGCCAUCCUUGUGAGUCAGUGCCAGCUAGUCCUUUUGUUAUUGUCGUUUUUUGCUUUCUGCCUCUUUCUUUUCAUCCGCUCUGCGCCUUUCUGCUCUUCUAAUGUUUCGUUCACUUCAGGCUGUAGUGCUCACUUCUGCCCUGUAGGGGUGUAGGUGAGCUAACAGACAUGUUCAUAUGCCAUCAUAUGAGUUCAGAAAAAGAAAACAUUGGGGAAAAGGAUAAUCAUUUUUAUCGGUGGUCUUUUUUUAAAUAAUGACAAUAGAAUCAAAGGCCAGUCACAUGUGGGCACACACUCAUUUUUAAGAAAGGUUUUUAAGUGAAGGUCGCAAGGUCAUCGUUAAGUGGCUUGUGACAGCAGUAGUGUAGACCUUGGAAUCCACGUUAAAGAAAACGUGUUGUCAAAAGUCAUUUUAAAUGUGAAAUCAAAAUGGGAAGUAUACUUAUGGUGUUGUGAAGCAAUAUAGAAAAGUCUCCCAAACCUGUCAUUUGGGAUAACAUUAGCAAAGGAACUGUAAGCAGAUAUAACGUUACUGACUGAUCGCUAUCAGAGCGGGCAUUGCCAUUACCUGUUGAGCCGGACAUUUACCGCUUACCUUCACGAUACUCCUCAAGGUACCCUUUAGAUACACCUCAAGGUACAAUUUACAUACUCGUCAAAGUACCUUUACAUACUCGUGAAAGUAUUAGUAUUUGGGAAUGUAUACGAUUUAGGCUGUAUUUAGCCUAGUGAAUGAGCUCAACGUGCACCAGCCCUGUAUUUUGAUUGUAAAAGAGAGCUUUUUCUCUAGAAGACGGAAAAGCUUCAGUUUUUUCGUUCUCGAGCCAGUCGAAAUUGAUUGUCUGUCCUGGUUGAGCUUUGGUCAACCAGGCCUGGAGCAUGGUCACAGAUCAUCUCGCAACUCAGCCAAUGAGGGAAAAGGGGGGGAAACGAGCAGACGUGGCCAUUGGUUCGUCCUCGAGAUGAACACAAGAAGCAUCAUAAACAUACUAUACGUAGUAUGCAUUGUAUGAAUACUGUACAGUAUAUUUCUAUGGACACCGUACUGGCCAAGGGGAAAGGGGGUGGAGUACAGUAUUAAGGGAUGAUGCAUGAACCACCUGAAGGAGCUGUCUCAUAUACAGUAGUAACGUGGGGUUUUAUAUGGCUUUCUUUAGUUGCUGUUGUGUUUGUUUGUUUGCUGGUGGCUUUGGAUAUUUUACCAUUUCACUCAAAGACUGAUUUGUGUGUGUGUGUGUGUGUGUGUGUGUGUGUGUGUGUGUGUGUGUGUGUGUGUGCGCGCGCUGAAUUUGUUCAUUAGGCAGUGAUCAGCCAGAUCAGACGCUGGUCAGGAGAAAUUGGAAGUUGGUGCCAAGCGAUGUUAGUACCUCCUGCCAUGGCAGAGAUAGGCCCCAUCCCAAAUGUCCUCUCGCUCACUACAUACUGCACUGUAUAAAGAAUAGAACAAUGUAACUCGCAUCCUAUGUAGUGUACUAUGCAGUGAUCGAAUAAGCAUUUUGGAUGCUGACUUUUUGUAGUGUUCUUUUGCAGACAUUCCCAUAGAUAAUAUCGUAAUGUGAAAAAGAAUGAGCCUGUUCAGUAGCAAAUGUUUUCAUUCUCACGGUCACCUGGUGUUGUUUUUAAGAUUUUUUUUGAUUUUAAAUUGUUUUGUUGGUUUACAUAUGUGUUUUUUUUCUAGAACUCCCGGCUGAAGGAACGGCCUGAGGGCAAAACCUCAAUAUUCUUGUAAAUGUUGUAUUUACAUGUAUAUAGGCGACAUUUUUUUUGUAUUGAGCUAAUGUCGAAAGUGGUUUGACCUUUUUGUACAGCCUGAAUCGUUAUUAUUAUAUGUCGUUCAUUGUAGAUAAGUCUUAUUCCAACUUGAAAAUCUGUGUUUUUCUUUCUUUCUUUCUUUUUUCUUAAAAACUUCACCCCUGAGGCCUUACCAGGAGGAGUUUACAGGCUGUUUGACUGACAGGUGGCCUGCUGUCCAGUACUGAAAGUGUGUGUGUGUGUGUGUGUGUGUGUGUGUGUGUG